AUGUGCGACAUGCCCUUCAUCCCCAUCUUCCCGAUCUGCUUCCAAUGCGGCACGGACCAGAAUCCCUGCCGGUGCAAAGUCGUCGGCCCGACGUUAGGGUUCUUCACGACGGUUGUGGCUGCGGUAUGUUUCGUCUGGGUCUGGGGUUAA